CGAGCAGUGGCAUUUUCUCGGCUAUAUGAUUAAACAUGAACAAAUGACGCCGAUCUGUGCGAUCCUUUUAUAAAUUCGUUAUUGUUACUCUCUAAUUUCUUGUUCUUAUUCUGCUCGCGACAAACGUAUCCUCCUGGUCCUACCGCUGCUCAUACCAGCCAGAUCCUUGUGUUAUCUCUCCUCCCUCCUCUCUCGCACAUUCAUACUUCCAGACAUGAUGGCCCCUUCUCUCCUUUGCUCGGUUUUGAUUUGAGUCACUCAGAUACUCUUCCCCUUUACUGUUUUCUUCAGCCCCAAUAACCGAAAAACCUCAUCCUCCAUGGCUGAUUCCGCUAAGUAUCUUCCUGUUGGUGGGGCAAUCCCGCCGUCCGAUUUCAAGACCUUCUUCUCUUUUCUCAAAACCAGAACUACUGUGGCUCUUGGCUAUGGCUUCAUGCUUGCUUUUGUUGCUUUCACCGUUUUCCUUGCUCUCUCUCCUUCCCCGAAUGCUUCCUCUCCCUGGUUCACCAACAUAUUCACCUCUACCUCCACCUCUUCCUCUCCUACUUCCUCUAAUUCUCACUUCUCUCCCCUUUUCUCUUUCUUUUCCCCCAGCACCACUUCAUUCCCUCUCCCUCCCUCCCCUUCUAUCCCGCAAACUAACCUUACUUCUAGAUCUGCUAAUUCCACUUCUCAGUUGCCCAGCACUAUGGAAGAUUCAUCCGAACCAGUCUCUCUCGUCAACCAGACUCUAAGCUCAGGGAAUUCGUCCAAGGAUCCGCUUCCGAGCUUCAAUCACACUGUAAUUUCUAGCUCAACUGCUCCCAAGUUAAGUAAUCUGACAGCAGAUUCGCCGGUGAAGCCACCCGUUGUUCAGAGUCAUGAGCAGACUUCAGGAGAGUCUGGUGUAGCUGCGUCUUUGAAGGCUAAUCGAACUACAAUUGCUGCACCUCCACCUGAAAUCUUAGUCGCUCUUCCUCCUCGAAAAGCCCCUGCAGACACCCCACCUCAAAAUAUUAGCUCUGCAUUGAAAUCUAACUCGCCAGUCAAUACUAGUCCCGGGAAAUCGAGUGAUUAUAGGUCUUCCCUGGCAAAGAAACCGAGCAAUGGGACUAGUACGAGACAGAAAGAUGACUUGAUGGAAUCUCUGAUGAAUUGUGAUUUCUUUGAUGGAGAAUGGGUGAAGGAUGAUUCCUAUCCACUUUACGGUUUUUGCGAUCUGGUCGAUGAACAGUUCAAAUGUAUUCGGAAUGGCAGGCCUGAUAAAGAUUAUCAGAAAUACAAGUGGAAACCUAAGGGCUGCACCCUCCCCAGGUUGGAUGGGCAUCGAAUGCUAGACUUGUUGAGAGGCAAGCGACUGGUUUUCGUGGGCGAUUCUCUCAAUAGGAAUAUGUGGGAAUCUCUUGUAUGCAUACUGAGAAAUUCUGCAAAAGAUAAAAGAAAAGUUUACGAAGCAAAUGGCAGGGUUCACUUCCGAGGCGAGGCCUUCUAUUCUUUCAUAUUCGAAGAUUACAAAUUCUCCAUAGAGUUCUUCGUAUCGCCAUUCUUAGUUCGGGAAUGGGAGGUAACAGACAAGAAAGGAACAAAGAAGGAAACUCUUCGUCUCGAUUUAGUUACGAGGGCUUCUGAUCAAUACAAAGAUGCAGAUAUUAUCAUCUUUAACACUGGCCACUGGUGGACCCAUGAAAAAACUUCCAGAGGGAAAGAUUAUUACCAAGAAGGUAGUCACGUGUAUGAAGAACUAGAUGUGCUGGAGGCGUUUCGAAGAGCUAUAACAACUUGGAGCAGAUGGGUUGAUGCCAACAUAAAUCCAUCCAAGUCUUUGGUCUUCUUCAGAGGCUACUCUGCCUCUCAUUUCAGUGGUGGACAAUGGAAUUCAGGUGGGCAAUGUGACAAUGAAACAGAGCCGAUUAAGAACGAAAAGUACUUGAGAGAAUAUCCGCCUAAAAUGAUGGUGUUGGAAAAGGUUUUGAAGCAUAUGAAAACCCAUGUGACGUACCUAAAUAUUACGAGAAUGACAGAUUUCAGGAAGGACGGGCAUCCCUCAAUGUAUAGGAAGCAAAAGCUAUCGCCAGCAGAAAGGAGAUCGCCACAUAUGUUCCAAGACUGCAGUCAUUGGUGCCUGCCAGGUGUUCCUGAUACAUGGAAUGAGAUUCUUUAUGCGGAGCUUCUUUUGAGACAACAUCGAAAUCAGCAUCAGCAGCAAAACCGACAAUAGUGUAUAGAAAUUUGGAAAGUUCAAGUGGAUAUGCCAGCGGAAACAAAAUGAGAGAGAAUUGCACCGUUAAAAUUUGUAAUAUUAUUUUUUUUUUCCAUAGAAGUUCCUACCGUUUAAAGGGAAGAGUUAGACGGGCAAUUUUGUCUGUUGUUGUAAAUCCCUUGGGUUCCCAGUUUUUCUCCUCUCCUGAAAGAUUAAGUCGUGCUGUAAAUCUCUAAUCAAUUGAUGUUGAAACAGAUUCUUGACAUUAUUUGAUUGUGCACCCAUUUAUUUUAUUCUUCUCGAUAUUUUAAGAUGGCCCUGGCCAUUUAUUUAGGACGGUUAAAAGCCGAAACAUCACUUACGGUGAUGAGAUGUAGUUA